AUGUCUGGGAAAAUGACCCUGUAUAAGCUGGUGGUGCUGGGUGAUGGAGGUGUCGGAAAGACCGCCCUUACCAUUCAGCUAUGCCUCAACCACUUCGUCGAAACAUAUGAUCCAACCAUCGAGGAUUCAUAUCGCAAACAAGUCGUGAUCGAUCAACAAUCGUGUAUGCUCGAGGUGCUGGACACUGCGGGUCAGGAAGAAUAUACCGCACUACGAGACCAGUGGAUUCGAGAUGGAGAGGGGUUCGUGUUGGUGUACAGCAUCACGUCGCGUGCCUCCUUCUCGCGCAUCACCAAAUUCUACAACCAGAUUAAGAUGGUCAAGGAAUCAUCAAGCUCGGGCUCCCCCUCCGGGCCCAGCUACUUGAACUCCCCCAUGAGCACAUCCUCCGGUCCCGCAAUGCCCGUCCCCGUGAUGCUGGUCGGCAACAAGAGUGACAAGGCUGUGGAGCGCGCAGUCUCGGCACAAGAAGGUCAGGCUCUAGCCAAGGAGCUAGGAUGCGAGUUUGUCGAGGCCUCCGCCAAGAACUGCAUCAACGUGGAGAAGGCCUUUUACGAUGUCGUCCGCAUGCUGCGCCAGCAGCGACAACAGCAGCAAGGUGGUCGCCAGGACCGCCGCCAGCCCGGUGGUCGUGAUCGCGACGCCGGCCCCGAAUACCCCAAGUCCUUCCGGCCCGACAAGUCGCGACAUCGCAGUCGCCUCAAUUGCGUUCUCUUGUGA